GAGCGAGCCUUCGAAGUACCGCUGCUUAACGUGAGUCACUGCACGACCGCCAAGAAUGAGGUGACCCUCGAGUUCCACCACAACGACGACGCGCCCAACAGUCUCAUGGAAAUGCGUUUCCAUAUCCCGACCAUCGAUGGCGUGGAUCCGGCGCCGAAUUUCAUGGAGCAGGUGCUCGACAAGGCGUCCAUCAUUCAGGCCACCGGUGACGCGAUCGCCACCUUCAAGGAGCUCCAGUGUCUGACACCGAGAGGUCGGUACGAGAUUAAGAUCUUCCCGACGUUCAUCCAAUUGCACGGAAAAACCUUCGACUACAAGAUUCCCAUCACUUCGGUGUUACGUCUCUUCCAAUUGCCGCACAAAGACAGUCGACAAAUGUUUUUUGUCAUGUCUUUGGAUCCGCCCAUAAAACAGGGACAGACGAGGUAUCACUUCCUGAUACUGCUGUUCAAUAAGGACGAGGAACUGUCGCUCGAAUUGGGUAUCACUGAACGCGAGAUUAAAGACAAAUAUGAGGGCAAACUGCAGACCACAAUGUCGGGGCCCGUGUACGAGGUGUUGGCCAAACUCAUGCGAGUGUUAGUGCAGCGCAAGAUCACAAUACCUGAUCCGGCGUUCUGUUCGCCGAAAGACAUUCCGGUGAUCACGUGCUCGUACAGAGCCAGCGCCGGCCUCCUGUACCCGUUGGACAGGGGCUUCAUGUAUGUCCACAAACCGCCGAUUCAUAUCCGCUUCGAGGAGAUCCUGUCGAUCAACUUCGCCCGAAGCGGUGGUUCCACGCGUUCGUUCGACUUCGAGGUCGAAACCAAAUCGAGUUUUGUUCACACAUUCAGUUCCAUCGAGAAGGAGGAGUACUCCAAACUCUUCGACUUCGUGUCCAAAAAGAAUCUGCGGGUGAAGAACAGGGGGACGGAGGGCGAGAAGUCGCGUAAGACUCGAGUGGACGACGAUUUGGUGGACUCUGACGUUGAGGCCGAACCCGACGCUUACCUCCAGAGAGUCCGCGAAGAGGGAAGGAUUCGCACGGAAGCCGGCGAUGACUCCGACGAGUCGGACGUGUCCUUCAAUCCGGACGCCGAGAGCGACGACGUGGCCGAGGAGUUCGACUCUAACGCGAGCGCCAGUGACUCGGAUGAGUCGGGCGAUGAGGAGGGCGGCGGACACAAGAAGAAGGAAAAGCCGGUGAAAGAGAAGCCGAAGAAGAAGAAAAAGGAAAAGAAGGAGAAGUCGGGAAAGAAGCAGAAGAAGGAGAAGGACGAGAACCGGCCGAAGAGGCCAAUGACGGCCUACUUCUUGUGGUUGAAUGAGAACCGCGAGAAGCUUAAGGAGAAGCACCCGGGCAUUAGUGUCACCGAUCUGUCCAAAAGGGCGGGUGAGCUCUGGAAGGAUAAGGUGAAGGACAAGUCGAAGUGGGAACAGAUGGCAGUCGAGGCUAAGAAGGUGUACGAGAAGCAGAUGGAGGACUACAACGCCGGCAACUUUACGCCUAAAUCGCCCAAAAAGAAGUCGAAACCGGAGUCGAAGGGCUCGAAGGAGUCGCCGACGAAGAGUUCGAGUCAGAAGUUCAAGAGUAAGGAGUAUAUCAGCGAUUCGGACAGCAGUUCCAACAGUGGUUCCGAUUCGGACAAGAAGUCCAAGAAAUCGAAGGCUAAAAAGCCCGACAAAAAGGAUAAGAAAGAUAAGAAAGCGGACAAAAAGAAGUCGAAGAAAGAGGACUCGGAUGUGGAGAUGGCGUCCGAGGAGGAGGAGAGCGCGGCGUCCACUCCUGCCUCAGACGAUGACUCGGAUUAA